CGUGAUAAACAAUUUUUUUUUUUUUUUUGUAAUUCUCGGGUUGACUGUUUUUUUUUUUCAUAUCUUUUUUUCUUGUUCUUCAUCUAUUCUUUUUCUUCCUUACACAAAAUAAAAAAAAAUAUGACGGAUAAUCUCGCAGCUUGGCCUAGUGAUGAAAAAAAGUUCAACGUGGUAGAAUUCUAUCACAAGAUCUUAUGGGCAAGUCAAGCCUCCCCUAUGGAUGAUGCUUGUCAUGGCAACAGGAGAGUGACUUUCUCGACCGAACCACCAGUGAUUUAUGAAUAUGAACCUGAAUAUCCUCAACGCUACUCCGAUCACUCUAAACCUCCCCCUUCUUCUCGACACUCGGGAGAAAAUUACAAUUCUUAUUAUUAUUAUUCACAGCCACCCACCAUUACUCAGGAUAAGGAGGAGGAGGAGGAGGAGGAUGACGACGUGGAUUUCAGCUUCUUUCGGAAUCAUCGUCUUAUGAAAACCAGAUCCCUGUGUGAUUUCAAACCUAUUCCUAAUGGAGAUUUUAAUUCUUUUCUUUACCCUACAACCACCACCUUGGAUGAUCUUGAUCCACCACCCUCUUACAUCGAAUACAAUGUAUAUCGGGAACCAAUGGAAGACCCUAUGUUUAUACCAAACAAUAAUAACAAAAAACUGGGUAAAAAGCAAAGUAUGGUAUGGGUUGGACAGGCAUUCCUUCAAAAGACCUUACGAAAGAUUAAAUCGUCGCCAAGGUUAAUGAUGGCAAGAAGAUCUUCCAUGUUAUCCCUGCGUAAAAACAAGUCGUUUUUUUCCUUGUCUGCAUGAUUUACAUAUAAAAAAAAAGUUUUUAUUCUUUUUCCCAGCAAUCUUUUUUUUUUUUAUUAUUAUUAUUAUCAUUAUUAUUAAACCCCCCUUCAAGAAAAAAAAAAAAGGAAUUGUAC